CAUUCUCUUUUUCCGGGGGUCUGUCGUCUUUGUUACCGGCGUUUUAUAUUUCAUCUGUAUCUGAAGAUCUUUAUAUAUAUAUAUAUUGAAAGAUCUGAAAUAUGGUACGAGGUUUGAUCAAUAAACUUGUUUCUCGGUCUCUGUCCGUCGCCGGAAAAUGGCAGCAGCAGCAACUUCGCCGUCUAAACAUCCACGAGUACCAGGGAGCCGAAUUAAUGGGUAAACAUGGGAUCAAUGUUCCGAAAGGUCUUGCUGUUGGGUCAGCUGAAGAAUUGAAAAAGGCUAUUCGGGAUUCAUUUCCCAAUGAGAGUGAGUUGGUUGUUAAAAGUCAAAUUCUUGCUGGCGGUAGAGGCUUGGGAACUUUUCAAAAUGGUCUUAAGGGUGGAGUUCACAUAGUUAAGGCUGACCAGGCUGAAGAUAUUGCUGGAAAGAUGCUCGGGAAAAUACUAGUAACUAAACAAACUGGACCUCAGGGGAAAGUUGUGAGCAAGGUUUACUUGUGUGAGAAGUUGUCGCUGGUCAAUGAGAUGUACUUUGCUAUCACUCUAGAUCGGACAAGUGCUGGCCCUAUUAUAAUAGCUUGUCGUAAGGGAGGAACGAGUAUUGAGGACCUUGCUGAGAAAUAUCCUGAUAUGAUUGUUAAGGUUCCUAUUGAUGUUUUCAAAGGCAUUACAGAUGAAGAUGCUGCCAAGGUUGUAGAUGGUUUGGCUCCCAAGGUGGCUGAUAGAGCUGAUUCAAUCGAACAAGUGAAGAAGUUAUACAAACUAUUCUGUUCUUGCGACUGCACUUUGCUGGAAAUAAAUCCUUUGGCAGAAACUUCAGAUAACAAGCUGGUAGCUGCUGAUGCUAAAAUGAACUUUGACGAUAAUGCUGCUUUCCGUCAAAAGGAGAUCUUUGCUCUACGCGAUCCCACACAAGAAGAUCCUCGUGAGGUUACAGCUGCAGAAGCAGAUUUAAAUUAUAUUGGAUUGGAUGGGGAGAUUGGUUGUAUGGUUAACGGUGCUGGAUUGGCAAUGGCUACAAUGGAUAUAAUAAAAUUACAUGGGGGAACUCCUGCCAAUUUCCUUGAUGUUGGAGGGAAUGCUUCUGAAGGCCAGGUGGUGGAGGCAUUUAAAAUAUUGACAUCGGAUGAGAAGGUGAAAGCAAUUUUGGUGAAUAUAUUUGGAGGAAUUAUGAAAUGCGAUGUGAUAGCAAGUGGUAUUGUGAAUGCUGCUAAGCAGGUGCAACUUAAGGUACCUGUAAUUGUCCGUCUUGAAGGCACUAAUGUCGAUCAAGGAAAGAGAAUUCUCAAGGAAAGUGGGAUGACACUAAUUACAGCAGAAGACCUUGACGAUGCAGCGGAGAAAGCAGUUAAAGCGUCGGCCUCCAGUUAAAGAAAUUGAUCAUUUUUCGCGUUUGAGAAUUCUUCAUUUUACAUAUAUUUUUAUAAAUGAAUGAAAGAAAGAAAGACAUUACAUUUGUUCCUAUUCUUGUCUUUGGCAUUGCAUUGGUGCAAAUGCUGAAAUAACUGAUUCUCUCAAAGGGGGUAUAAUUUU